AUGGUCCGCUCAUUCCCCAACAUCGUCAUCACGGGUACACCGGGCACCGGAAAGUCGACGCACUCUUCGCUGCUGGUAUCGACCUACUCUCCUUCGUCCUCCUCCUCGUCACAUCCGCUGCGACAGAUCGAUGUCGGAGUGGUUGUGAAAAAGGAGGGCUUCUACACGGACUAUUUGGAAGAAUGGCAGAGUUACGAGGUCAACGAAGACCAACUCCUGGACCACCUUGAACCGUUGACGGGGACAAAGGCACCGGAACCGGUAGAUUCGGACGACUUUGACGCGCAGGAGUUGGCGCUGGCGAAAGAGCAGGGAGAGGACGCGGAGGAGAGGGGGGGGCUGGUGCUGGAUUGGCAUACGUGUGAUGUUUGGCCCGAGCGAUGGGUGGAUCUGGUUGUGGUGUUGAGGUGCGACCACAGCGUGCUUUGGCAGCGGCUCGAAAAAAGAGGAUACCCAUUGAAGAAGAUCCAAGAAAACAACGAAGCCGAGAUCAUGGGCGUGGUAGCCGACGACGCACGCGAGUCCUACCCUGCAGAAGCCAUCGUUGAGCUCAACAGUCAAGAGUCAGGAGAUGUGGAAGAAAACGUCGAGAGGAUCAUUCAGUGGAUCCAUGCUUGGAGGCAGGCUCGUGGUCUUGAAUGA